GUUGGCAUUUAGCCGUUGAAAUUUGAAAUUUGUGAGCAUUUUUAAAUCUCUCGCAAUUCAAAUCCCUAUACCGCGGCCACAUCUCCACUAAAUUCAAAUCCAGUUCACAUCUCCACCCUCCAUUUAAUCUCAGUUCGAAACACAUAACUAGCUUUUUCUAUUUCCAGACAGUAGAGAGAGAGAGAGUGAGAGAGAGUGAUGUUCAAACUCAAAGCCAAGAGAAAAAGAAAGCGAUAAACUUAGAAAGAGCAGAGGAACAUGAGUGUUUGAAUCAAGAUCUACUUGAUUUUCACUUCGGCCAAGAUUUUCUACUAACAUUUCAGGGAUUUUUCAGCUGCGCAUAUUGGUUUUCCACAAACCGAUUUUCUUGGUUUUUGCUCUUUGGUGUAAUUUAGGAUGUUGAGGGAUUUCAAAUUUUUGCGUGGAAAUACUGGGAAGAACGAUGAGGCGGAGAACAUUCCUGUUGGCCGGAAUGAUUUAUUGGUUAGUAGAAUAUCUUCGGAUGCAUCUAGAGCUCCUUUAAACGCUAUACAGGAGCCCACUUCAUAUACCAAGCAAGAACAAGAAAUGGGCAGUGGUCGGAGCAAGGUCGAUAAGACUCCGAGUAAGGUCAAAACCAGAGUUGCAGAUCCAGCAUUGCCUCUUCGGACGCCCGACAAGUAUGGAGGUGGGAUUUCAGCUAGGCAACGAUUCGGGUGGGCGGCGCAGAAGAACGAGCUUGGAGCUACUGCCGGUGAUUUGCGUGACGAUGUACAAGUCCGGGGAGCUGGAGUUAGUAAUGGAGGUUUUGCGAACAUGACGCCUCGAACUACAACGAGAACAGUUGGGAGAGCUGGUUCGAAUUUUUCAGAGACCAAUUCCACGCAGAGCACGCCUACUAAAAGCGUUUCUAAACCUCCGGGUUCUAGUCUCCGGAGCAAGGUGGAUGGAACUGGUGGUGCCCGAACCGCAAAUUUUGCUCCAUUGUACAAAGGCACGCCUAUUCCUUCUGGUUCGUGUACAGUGGUUAAUACAGUCGAAGUUCCUCACUUCGAUUUGAAGGAAAAUCCAUCGUUCUGGAUGGAGCACAAUGUACAGGUGGUUAUUCGUGUUCGUCCUCUUAAUAGCAUGGAGCGAAGCACAAACGGAUACAGUAGGUGCUUGAAGCAAGAAAGCUUUAACACCAUUUCUUGGAUUGGCCAUCCAGAAACUAGGUUCACAUUUGACCAUGUAGCAUGUGAAACAGUAGACCAGGAAAUGCUUUUCAGGAUGGCCUGUCUUCCCAUGGUGGAGAACUGCCUGUCAGGGUACAAUAGCUGUAUGUUUGCAUAUGGACAGACGGGAAGUGGAAAAACAUAUACAAUGCUUGGGGAUAUUGAAAACUUGGAAGUCAAGCCCAGUCCACAUCGGGGAAUGACACCACGCAUAUUUGAAUUUUUGUUUGCUAGGAUCCAAGCUGAAGAGGAAAGCAGGAGGGAUGAGAAAUUAACAUACAAUUGCAAGUGUUCUUUCUUAGAGAUUUACAAUGAACAGAUCACAGAUCUCCUUGAUCCCUCAUGUACUAAUUUGCUUCUGCGUGAGGAUGUUAAAAAGGGUGUAUAUGUAGAAAAUCUCUCUGAAUUUGAAGUUCGGACUGUGAGCGACAUCGUAAAUCUUCUAAUUCAGGGUUCUUCAAAUAGAAAAGUUGCAUCUACAAAUAUGAACAGAGAGAGCAGUCGUUCACAUAGUGUAUUUACUUGUGUGAUUGAAAGUAGAUGGGAAAAUGAUUCCACGACCAACUUAAGGUUUGCUAGACUAAACUUGGUUGAUCUGGCUGGAUCAGAAAGGCAGAAAACUUCUGGUGCUGAGGGUGAGCGUUUAAAAGAAGCUGCUAACAUUAACAAAUCUUUGUCUACAUUAGGUCAUGUAAUAAUGGUUCUAGUGGAUGUGGCGCAAGGGAAGCCAAGACAUAUUCCUUAUAGGGACUCGAGGCUUACCUUCCUCCUACAGGACUCACUCGGUGGGAACUCAAAGACUAUGAUUAUUGCAAAUGUCAGCCCUUCUAUCUGCUCUCAAGCUGAAACUUUAAACACUCUUAAGUUUGCCCAGAGAGCAAAAAUGAUCCAGAAUAAUGCCGUAGUGAAUGAAGAUUCUUCAGGAGAUGUCACCACUCUGCAACACCAAAUACGACUUCUAAAGGAGGAGCUUUCUAUUCUUAGACGUCAGAAUGUAUCGAGAUCCUUAUCCUUUGGUCUUCCCACUGUUGAAGAUACGAGAGCAAGACAAGAGCAGGAAAGUGGUUUUCCAGGACAUGUGUGUGACAUGGAUGUAGAAGAUGACGAUUUGCUGAAAACUGAAUCCAAAGGCACUGUGAGAAUGUCUACUAAACAGCUGAAAUGUUUGGAGACAACUCUUGCUGGUGCCUUACGAAGGGAGCAGAUGGCAGAAACUUGCAUUAAGCAACUUGAGGCUGAAAUAGAGCAAUUAAAUCGUUUGGCACGUCAAAGAGAAGAAGACACCAGAUGUACUAAGAUGAUGCUCAGGUUUCGAGAAGACAAAAUCAGAAGACAGGAGGCACUUGUUAAUGGUUCUAUUCCUGCUGAGAUUUAUUUGCAAGAAGAGACAAGAGCUCUAUCUGAAGAGAUUCAACUACUUCAAGCUAAGCUAGAUAAGAAUCCAGAAGUAACUCGAUUUGCUUUGGAAAAUAUAAGACUUUUAGACCAGCUUAGAAGAUUUCAAGAAUUCUACGAAGAAGGAGAGAGAGAAAUACUCUUGUCUGAAGUAUCCAAAUUGCGAGAUCAGCUACUUCAAUUUCUUGACGGAAACUCCAUACAUCAUAGUUAUCAAAAUUUUAUAACAGAACCUGAGGAAGCCAUUUACAUGAACAAGAAGAAUGAUUCUCUUACUCAAGAGUUGGAGAAAACUGUUAAUGAACUUGAGGAAUGCCGGCGCAACUUAAAAGCUUGUUUGGAUGAAAAUGCAAAACUCAGUAGGGAGCUAGAAGAUGCACAAUCAAUGUUGAUCAAUGUUAAGCCUAAGCCUUCUAAUCAAGUAGAUAGUGUUAAGACCACAGAGGAUUCACAAGAUUUAGGAUCUCUCAAACUUAAUAGUGCUGUUCAAAAUCAAAUCGAGGAGAUGGAGGCAAAGCAUGAAUCCAUUAUGACUAAGAAUGCAGAAGAAAUUGUUAACUUGCAAUUGGAAUUGGAUAUACUAAAGAUCAUUUUCAAAGAAGUUUCAGAGCAAAGAGUAACAUGCUUAAACAAAGAACUUGAGCGUGCAAAAGAAGAUUUAUUUUUGACGAUCAAACAUCAUGAAGACACAAAGACAGAACUGAUGGAAGCUAAGUCUGUUAUUGAGGCUAUGGAGUCUCAGCAGAUUUUGUCUAUCAACGAAAUGGAAGACCUAAGAAACACUAACAGCCGUUAUAUGCAGCUUUUGAGUAAAUAUGAAGUUGAAAUUAUGGCUCUUCAAGAGCAUCUUGCUUUGAAGGAGCUAAAGGAUGUCUCACCUACAAACUGCUCCAAGAAUGAUACUUCUUUGUUGCAGGAAAAGGUGACGAGAAUGCAAUGUUCCCUUGAAAAGGCCAAGAGACUGAACACAUGGUACCAAAAUGAUCGUGAAUUUCAUGUCUCUAAUGAUGAAGAAAUGGAUCAGGUUCGCUCACAGGUAGAAGCUGAAACUGCUGAGGUGAUUGUGUGCAUGCAGGAAGAGUUGGCCAUACUUCAGCAGCAAGUCCAGGAUAGUCAUUUGAAAGAAGUAGAGAUGAGAAGGAAUUUAAUGCUUUCAGAAACUGAAUUAAAGGAGGUUGAUGAAAAAGUGAAUCUCCUGAUCAGAGAUAAUGGGAGUUUAAAUGCAAAGCUAAAGGAGAAAGAUGCAGAACUUAGAAGUUUAUCUGAAGAAUGGUCUUUGUUGACUACUGAGAUAGAAGCAAUUCUUUCAGAUGGGUGUGAGUUACUCAUUGAUGCUUCUGAUCAACUUGAACAUAUAUCUAAUUCUUUUCCUCAGAAAAGGAUUUGGAUAUCAGAACAUGUUGGUAGGAUGGUAAGAACCAUAUCUGAAAAAGAAUUAUUGAUUGAAGAAUUGAGAAGAUGUUUAGAGGAUGCAAACAACAAACAAAGUGACGUAGAGAGUAUGCUAAAGUCACUGAGAGGAGCAGCGAUGGUUAUCACUGAAGCUCACCAGCGCGAGUUCAGUGAAAAAGAGAAAGACAUCCUGGCCUUGACAUCACUGCUGAGUGUAAAAGCAUCGACCAUAGAUAAGCUGGAAAAUAGACUGAAAUUACAGGAAGAUGAGCUAAAAAAAGCAUCAGUUUGUGCAACAGUUGCUUUUGUCAUUGUCAACAGAUUAGAAGAAGUGAAUCAUCACAACCUUGAUGAAUUACAGCAUAAGAAUAUCCAACUUACUAGAUCAGAAGAAACUAACAUGAGGAUGGAUGCCCUCCUCUGUGAACAGGCUGUUGUGGUUGAAGAAGCAGAAAAACAGAUCAUGUCUUUGAAAGCAGAGCUUGUAAACUUGAAGGAAAUUUCAUCUGAUCUAAAGCAAAAGCUUUCUGAUGAGCAAAAACGUAACUAUUCUAUGACAGAAAAACUUAAAGAUGUUGAAGAGAAUAAUAUAUUAGUUGCAAAGGAAAAACUGGCUGAGCUAAAAUAUGGUGUUUCCUCACUCAAGUCAUGCAUGGGCACCCAUGUGGAGCAGUAUACAAGUCUUCAAAGGAAUAGUCCACAGGAAGAUCGUACAUCUUUCGAUGGAGAAGGUGCAGGCUGGAUAGAUAAUGAAAUAUAUCAAGAUGAUGAAGUUGACUACGAAAUCGUUGAGGACUCAGGAACCGACAUCUCCAAGUCUUCUCCUGACUUAGGGAAGAAGGUAUGUUUUCAUUCAUGUGAUCAGGAUAAGUUCAAGUCUUUCCCUUGUGAGGAAAAAUGUGAUAGGGACACUACUAUUAUUCUUCUGAGAAGGGAAAUGGAAUAUGCCCUUCAAAGUUUACAAGAGGUGCAGGUUGAGAUGGAAAAGCUACGUAGAGAGAAUAAAGACAUACUGAAGUCUGAGCAAUAUAGUCGCAAAAGCAUGACAUGUUUUACAAACCAAAUAAGAAAUCUACAAACAACUUUGACUGACUUUGAAGUUCAAUCCAAACUGAAGAUGGAAGUUUUGAAUCAACGGCUAGAGGCAUCUGAACAGAAUGUGGUGGAAGCUGGCUCGCAUUUGUAUGAAACUAGAGAGUUGCUUGAAUUAGAAGUUGAUGAUGCAAAAUUGGUUGCUGCUCAGAAAGCUGCUGAAGUUGCUUGCAUUCUCUCUAAAUUUGAAGAAGCGCAAGAUACAAUGAAGGAAGCAGAUAUUAUGAUUAAUGGGCUGAUGAUAGCAAAUGAGACCAUGAAGCUUGAAGUAAAAAAAUUGCACAAAAUAAAUUGCAGGCUGACAAAAGAUAAAGAUAUAUUAGCUAAUGAAGUUCAGAGCUUGCAGUCCAUUAACAUCAUCAAAAGUCAGCAAUGUGAACAACUUAGGUCUGAUUUAUCGGAGACAAACGCAUUGGUUGUAGAACUGGAGGGUAUGAUUGUGGAGGUCCGGGCUUCUUUCAAAGAAAAUUUCUUGCUUCUAUCCUCGGACUUCGGUACUCUGAAGAGUCUACUAUUUGACACUUCAAAGCUAGUGAAGACAUGGCUUGAUGAAAUUUGGUCUGAGAUAAUUGGGAGGGAUUGUGCGGUGUCAGUCCUUCACCUUUGCCACAUGGGAAUUCUAUUGGAAACAGUGACGGGGCUAAAUGCUGAGAAUGGGCUGCUUCAACAUGGCAUGUGUGAAUCAAAUGCUGUUAUUGCUGAUUUGAAAGAGCACAAUAGCAAGUCAAUAAAAGAGCUUGAGAUGUGUAGGGUGAUGAAGGGAAAAUUAUUGUGUGACAUCAAAAAUGGUUUCAAUCGCAUUUCCAAAACAGAGGAUGAAAAUAAAGAGCUUAGUGCCAAGCUAACCUCUUUCGAUGAGAAGAUAUCAGAGUUGCAGCUACAAGAGGAGUUGAUAGUGCAGAGGUCUAACUACAUAGGAUCUCAGCUUGUUAUGUUGAUGGCGGAGUUGGACUUAAGUAACAAAAAUUUGGCAGCAUCACUUUUGGAUCAAGAGAAAUUAUUGCAAGACAAAGAGGAGGUCUUCAAAUCACAAUCUGAGUCUUUUAUGAUGGAGUGGUGCGUGAAAGAAUUCGAGUCACUUAUAUUGGCAUCACAAUUAGAGGAAAUGGCUCUUCGUAAAGCUAAUGCAGAAAGAGAGCAUAGCCAGUGCUGUACAAUUCUUGAAGAUUUAAAGAGAGAAAUUAUUCUCUUCAAGGUAGAUGCAGAACUGAAAGAUCAGCUCUUGAGAGAUAAGGAAGUUGAGGUUGCUUGUCAAUUCUCUGUCCUUGAUCAGCAAAAGCAGAAAAUGGAGGAGGAGCUACUACUGCUGGAAUCUUCUUCACAUGAACUGAAGACUGAUUUCAGAAAGAAGGAAGCUGAGCUAACUAGAAUGAUCAGCUUUGAGAAAGAAAAUGAGGUGCUGAAAAUUGAGAUUGAGAAAUUGAAUGCUGAGAAAAGCUUAGUUCUUCACAAUCUUGAAGAGAAGAAUUCUGAUGUUGAAUCAUAUUUAGGGCAAGUUGAUGUCUUUGAGAAAGAAAAUCACAGGUUACGAGAUGAAAUUUUAAUUUUGGAGACUCGUGUUGCCAAUCUGGAGACAGAUUUCCAGCUGAAAACUGAUGAACUUCAUGAACUCCAACUAUCUCAUUAUUCUAUGACAGAAGAAAAUGUUCUUUUGGAAGAAGAGCUUGUGUCUUCCAAGAGAAACAAGCAUGAACUUCUCACCAUGGCCAGCUCUAACAUCAAGAAAUGUGUUGAUUUGAUGGAUAGCAGGUUAAAUGUUCUGAACGAAGGAGGCUUUGUGAACUUGGAUAAAAUGCUUAAAGAAAUAUGUGAAACUGCAGAGAAGACAAAUGAGUUUAUGGAGCAGAUUGAGUACCUAAAGGGCCAAUGCAAAGAGCUGGAAUUCGAAAAUAAAUCUCUUCAAACAGAGCUACUAAGGAAGGAUGAUGUUCUCAAAGGCUUGUUAUUUGAUCUGAGCUUGUUGCAGGAAUCUGCAUCCAAUACCAAGGAUCAAAAAGAUGAAAUGAAGGAACUAGUGGCAUCACUUGAGGCUUUAGAAGAUGAGCUUUUGGUGAAAUCAAUUGAGCUCGAUGAGGCCAUGGCUUCAAAAGAAAUGCUUGAAGCUCAGUUGCACGAGAAAACAGAUAGAAUCAACACUCUUGAGUUGAGUAUCUCAAGAGAUUGUGAGUCUCGAGAUGUUCUUCGCAGUGAAAAUUUGGAACUGAAGGCUCAGCUAGAAGAUGCUUUUACUGCUAAACGUUAUGCCGAGGAGGAUUUGACUGAGACAAAGAAGGUAAAUGAGAGCUUAGAAAUGGAGCUCAUGGAAAUGGGUAAUGCUAUUGACUGCUUGAAUGAUUCGGUAGAAUCUCUGAGAAGUAAUCUAGGUGAACUUGAGAGCGAGAGGGAUCAACUACAGCUAGAAAUGCUUGGUUUGAAAAACAAGCUUGAAGCAGAACAGGCACGGGCUGAAGAGCAAGAAGCAAUUGCAAAGGAAGCACAACAGAUAGCCGAAUCUAAGAACAUCUAUGUUGACGAAAAAGAGGCAGAAGUGAAGCUAUAUGAAAGGUCUAUUGAAGAGCUAGAGUAUACUAUAAAUGUACUGGAAAACAAGGUUGCUAUUGUUAAGGAAGAAGCUGAAAGACAGCGGUUGCAGAGAGAAGAGCUGGAAUUGGAACUUCAUGCAGUAAAACAACAAACACGAAAUGUUGAAAAUGCUGAUGCUGACAUGAGAAGUUACUUACAUGAAAAAGAGAAAAGUCUUCAAGAAGCAGUUGCGCAAAUACAGAUUCUUGAGAAGGAUAUAGUUGAGAAGGACUCAGAGAUUGCCCAAUUCAAGGCCCAUAUCUCUGAGCUAAACUUGCAUGCUGAAGCACAGGCUAGUGAGUACAAACAAAAGUUCAAAGCGUUGGAAGCCAUGGCUGAACAAGUCAGACCCGAAGGUAGCAGCUUUCUUCAUGCCCUGACUUCUUCACCGAAAAAGGCUGAGAAGUUUGUUGCAAAGCCGAGGGGAUCUGGUUCUCCUUUUAAAUGCAUUGGCUUAGGCAUGGUGCAACAAAUAAAAUCAGAGAGGGAUGAGGAUCUUACUGCGGCAAGGCUGCGAAUUGAAGAGCUUGAAUCCCUUGUGGCAAGCCGUCAAAAAGAGAUAUUUACUCUAAACACCAAAUUGGCAGCUGCUGAAAGUAUGACCCACGAUGUGAUUCGGGACUUACUGGGAGUCAAGUUGGACAUGACUACUUACGUGUCACUACUAGACAAUCAGCAAGUUCAGAAAAUUACUGAGAAGGCUCGAUUUCAUGAUAUAGAAUCCCAAGAUGUAGAUCAGGAGGUUGUUAAGCUGAAAAAACAGCUAACUGAAUUCAUCAAAGAGAGACAAGGAUGGCUAGAGGAGAUUGAUCGAAAACAGGCUGAAGUAGUAGCUGCACAAGUUGCCUUAGAGAAGCUUCGACAGCGUGAUCAAUUACUUAAAGCUGAGAAUGAGAUGUUAAAGAUGGAGAAUGUAAAUCACAAGAAGAAAGUGAUGGAACUUGAAGGAGAAAUAAAUAAAUUGUCUGGCCAGCAAAACCUCCAUCAACGAAUUCAUCAUCAUACUAAAAUCAAGGAAGAAAACAACACGCUCAAGACUCAGAAUGCUGACCUUAGCACCAAGCUGAGGCGGACAGAAGUCCUUCUUUCUCGUGUGAAGGAUGAGCUUGCUUGCUUCCGUGCAUCCAAUGGGAGGAAUCCAUACAUAGAUUUUGAUGAAGAGAAACGGUUGAGUUCAAAAUUAAAGGAAACAGAGGAGGAAAAACUGCAAUUAGCACAUAAGUUAUUGGCUCUGUGUACCAGUAUCUUAAAGGCAGCUGGAAUUACAAAGCCUGUAAAUGAGAUUAACCCUUCUCUUGCUGAAGAAGUUCUUGAGCAGUUAAAGAAUAAAAUUGCCUCUAUGGAUAGAGAAGUGCAAGAUUUGAAAUACAAGGUCCCUAAUAUGUUAAUAUCUUCCAUACAUAUUAGAUAUAAAUAUAUAGUUCAUCAGAAAAUGACAGCUGUUUGUUGUGAUUUGCAGAGUAAGAUUACAUGUGAAAGAGCUCGAUUGUGUGAGCUCUUGCCACAAUCUUCACCAAUUAAUUCUAGAGCAGACGAGGAGAAACGUCCAACCCCCAAAAAGGUGUCCCAUGCUCCAUACUUUAAUUCUGAUAUAGAUCGUUGAAUUGUAAACAAAUGGUGUGUAACUGUGUAUAGUUAACUAUCUGCUAACAUGUAUAAUCGACAAUUUUUUUGUCCAACAUAUUUGAAGGGCAAAAUUUAUAUUUGUUCUCUUUAUUUUGUACUGUAAAUAUUUCAAUUACGUGUGUUAAAUUAAUAAAGAAUUUAACUUAUUCUCCCUA